GCGUGAGUUACCACGAGCCAACGCUCCGAGCGAGCAUUAGAGGGCUUGCCUGAACCCUCCGCGCCCGGGCCGGCGAGCAGCCGGGCAGGGAUCGAUCCCACAUCCGUGCGGGCGGCAGGGAUCGAUCCCACAUCCCUGCGGGCGGCAGGGACCGAUCCCCCAGGGAUCCCACAGGGAGCGCACAGCCGCUGGAAGCGCAGCCGCGGUGCCGGGAGCCCUUCCCCGGCGCGGGCAGCAUGAGCCCCGCGGGCAGCACCGUGGUGUUCUCCGCGCUGCUGCUCCUGACGCCCGGGAUUCCAGCGCUGGUGGAAUCGUGCAGCUGUGCCCCCGCGCACCCGCAGCAGCUCCUCUGCGACUCGGCUCUGGUGAUUCGAGCAAAAAUAUCCAGUGAAAAGGUGGUUCCUGCCAGUGAUGAUCCCCUUGAUACCCACAAAAUGAUCCGGUAUGAAAUCAAACAAAUAAAGAUGUUUAAAGGAUUUGAAAAGCUCAAGGAUGUCCAGUAUGUCUACACCCCUUUUGAUUCGUCACUCUGUGGAGUGAAAUUAGAAGCCAACAACAAAAAACAGUAUCUUCUGACAGGCCAAAUUUUAAGUGAUGGCAAAGUCCUCAUCCAUUUGUGCAACUACAUUGAACCAUGGGAUGAUUUAUCCUUGUCUCAAAAGAAGAGUCUGAAUCAGAGAUAUCAAAUGGGCUGUGGCUGCAAGAUAACCACCUGCUACAUGGUGCCCUGCUCCAUCACUGCCCCCAACGAGUGCCUCUGGACAGACUGGCUGAUCGAGAGGAAGCUCUACGGGCACCAAGCCAAGCACUACGCCUGCAUCAAGAGGAGUGAUGGCACCUGCAGCUGGUACCGAGGUGGGCCCCCCCCCGAGAAAGAGUUCAUUGAUAUCAGCGAACCUUAAAACAAGCACUUCCUAAAAAGCCUUGGAGUCUCAUUCCAUCCACCACUGCCCGCUCCCAGCUUUGAACUGCCAUCGUCUAAUGUAUCUGUUGCUUAGAAACACAAACAAAUUGUCCUGUAAAGUCCCAGUCUGUGGGACUGGCACUGGCGUAAGACAAGGGACAAACCUCCUGGGGGUACCUACUCUGUGCUGUUAUGCUUUGCACAGAGGCUUGAGCUGAGAAAGCUCCUCUGUGUCCUCCAAGGCAUAACAGGUUCCCUUUGCCAAUAUGAAUGUACAAGAACAAAAGAGUUGCCAGAAUUUGUCCCCCGUUUGAUAACCUACAGAUUGAGAGCACCCCGUGUUGUAUUCCAAAUCUUUCCAAUGAACUACGGAAUGUUUUAUAGAACUAUUUUUUUUCUGUAUGAAAGUCUUUGAUGCAAAAGAAUUAUUGUACAGUGUAUAUGUAAAGUAUUAUAACAAUGUGCUAUUAAAAAAAAAGAUUCACAAAUAUUUCCUUACCUGUUGAAACAAGUUGAACACUUCUGGGAUUAAAACAAUCUGUGCUCCACAUUUUGUAUAUUCCUUAUGUCACAGCUUUCUUUAUCUAUGGAGUUGUAACAUUCAGUGAUAACUAAGCUAAGAAACAGCCUUGAUAUACAAAAGCCUCUUCCCAACUCAGCAUUCCUAUGGACUAGCCACACCUUGCUGAAAGAAAAGUCAGAUCUUCUAAUGCUUCAGCAAUUCAUGGAACCAACACAAAUGAUGAUAGGCUGAAACUGCUCAUAUUUACAGAAAACUUGUCCACCCUCAGGGCAGCUGCAGCACUUGCUAAUGCCUCUCUCAAUAUGUGACCAGGUCAUUGUAUUCCAGCACUGUUAAAAGCCUUGGCUUUAGAAACUCAUGUGAAAACAUAUGCAAUAGAUACUGCACUUACACAGCAAGUGAUUUCUGAAAGCUCUCAAAUAUUUGAUCAUAUUUAAUGAUUUUUCAUUCAUGAAUACCUAUUGUAGUCUGUCACAGUGAAUUUGGCUGCUCGUGAACUUGUACUAGAGAAGCGUUACGACACAUUUUGCCUUUUAUUUUUUUAAUGCCUUAACUUUUCUAAAUUGAUUCCUGUAGCUAGUAGCUAAUCUCACACAUAUCUAAGUUUACAAAAGUAAUUCAAUUCACAGCGGUGAAAUUUCAGAAACUAUUUCAGUAAAUGCCAAAGUUCAGACAGUUGUCCAGCUCCUUGUGUCCCAGAAACUGGGGCAGAACCCUCAGGCAGGGUGGGAAUCUCUGAUAGCUGCCAUCUCUGCUGUAUUUUACUCUCCCCAAUUUUCUAUAUUGGAUUUCUUUCACUUCAUUCCAAUUUUGUCUAGAAUUACUCUUGAGUGUUCCUUACAUGAGACUUUAGAACACAGGCAGAGAUUUAGACAGUUCAGCUCUCAUUUGGUUGGAUCAGGUCUAUUUAAAGGGUUAACAUCCUUUACUGGCUCCUGUUAACCCCAGGGUGACAUUCCCAGCCUGGGGGCUCAGUCAGAGCCACCACAUUAUUGCUCAAGGGUUUUCCAAAUAGUUCCUCAAAUCUGUUUGCUGUAGACUCCUAAUAAAACCACUGGGACUUGAACUUGCAAAUAAUAUGUGCACAUCUUUAAGCGCACAGACAUCUCUCAUGUCAUUCAAUUCAAUGAGGUAGUAGUUUGGCCAUGAAAUUCAGCAAGUCCCAUGCAACAUAGAACAAACAAACUAAGGUAUGAUGCACUGGAUAAAUAACAGAGACCUGAAAGAAACCUCACUGCACAAAUUAUUUUUGUGACCUAUUUUCACCUUUUUAAUGUUUAUUUUGACUAUUGCACAAAUGCAUAUUAAAAGGAUAGGUUUCAAAACGCUCUUCUGAGAAUAAAUAUCGUUGUUUUCUUUUUCUGGGGCUAAAUUUAUACAUUUCCAAUGAAAUGCAAAUGGUGCAAGGCCAACAGGAAGGCAUGUCAUUGUUUCUUUCAGGAAUAUAUGUCCUAUAAUAUAUAAAAGUCAAUGUUUCACUUUUUAUGCACUGUAAAUCAGUUUUGUUAUUUUAAUUUACAAUCCUAAAUUAAACCACCAUGUUUUUAUAAAGACAAAACUAAAAUUACCAAACACUAUUCAUUUGGACCAUAGAUUUACUAUGGCUACUUAUAUAAAUGAAAUAAAAAGAAUAAAACGGCUUCACUUCUUCCAGAAAGAAUUGAUAUUGCAGUGAAAAUAUUGGCAGUGCUGUGCAUUUAUAUUACUAAUUUGAAGAAAGACUUAAAGCCAGGCCUUAUUUCCUCAUGUCAAAUCAGAACAAUUCCUAGAGAAGCCCAUGAGAGCUUAAUAACCACACAGUGUCUGAGUCAAGCACAGGGCUGAUUAUUAUUCAAUAUACGUCCAGUGUAGCAUUUGUUUCCAAAUCCAUUUUGAUGUGAUGCUGUCUUUUGGACAGCACUCUGCAGUAAACAGAUAUUUUCUGCUUUUUAACUCAACAUAGUUCUGUUUCUCUUUCAGUUUUAGAGUAACUAAACCUUAAACUCAACUCACCCGACACAGAUUGUCUUCUUUGUGUGCCUUGUACAAGUAAAGGUUUUCUUUUAUAUUUAUGAACAGACUGUAAUACAAAUUGUAUGCCAUAAUUAGUUUUAAACACAUUUUAUAUUUGUCCUGCCAUAAAAUAUCCCACAUGAGGUGUUUCACAGUUAGUGGCUGUUGACUUUGAUUUCUGGCUGAGCAUAAAUCUGAACAAACUCACCACGACGGGUGGCACAAAGAUUAUUUUUCUCCCUCGUGUCAAUAAAUAUGGCAAGCAAAGCUUUACAAAAACCCCUCUCAGAACGAGUUUUUAUUUUCCCUGAGAUUCAGCACUGAGAAAGAUUAUGAAAAGGCUUGACUACGAUGUGGCAUCAUCAAUAUGUUAUUUUCCUAUCAAGGUUUUUACUGUAGUGGCAUUGAUAUAUUAUCCACGGCGGAUUAUUUUUACAACACUUUAUUUUUACUUCUUGAAAACGUAUGUGUUUAUAUGAAAGGUUAGAGCAGGAAUAUAGCCUGGCACAACACUUGAUUCUAAUUUGAAAAUGACUCACACAACUUAUGAUAAGAUUAGGGAAUAGAAGAGAGAAGGGAGAUUGUACAGAUCAAUGGGGAAGAAACACCACCUUGAAUAUUGCUGGCUUUUUCUCAAUGUUCCAGUUAAGUUUUAAUUAAAUUGUUCAACAAUUCUGUUGAAAAAGCCAUGCUGUCUUUUUUUUCAUGACAGAGAACAUAAGAGGUGGGAAUAUAGUGAAAUAAAGGGAACUAAUUACUGAGGGAAAGGCUGGAGAUAUGACUCAACUACCAAUGAGUUCAAAAGCCUUACAGCGUUUUGUAUAAUCAGUCUGGGAUGAAUGUUUCUGUUUCAAAAAGUGUUUCAUUAAAGCAGCUCCAUUUUUACACAAAAGAAUGGCAUCUUUGUUUAUUUACCUUUUUUUGCUGGCUAAAGACUCGGCACAAACUGUCAGUAGAGUGUGAAAGAAGCAGAGGAAAGCCCAACACAGGCACACCUCUGGCACGCUCAGCUGAGCCCUCCAUUCCCAGAGACUUGAGGCUUUCUCCUGCUCCCCCAUCGCCCCUGGGCUGGUUUGCACUGCAGGGGAGGGAGAGCUCCCUAAGGUUUCCCCUUAAGGAAUAAGAAAGGAAGGAGCAAACACAAGAGGAACUACAGAAAAAAUAUUUUAAACCAUAAUUUCUGAAUUCUGUAUAAGCAAAUGAGGCCAGCUGUUAUUAAAGGGUUCAAAAAAAUGAAACAAAAAAUAAAUAGCAUGAUAUGUUUUCAGUUCAGCAACAGAAGACUGGUAUCCAGACCAUCUUAGAACCCAUUCUAGAAAUCUGAACACAGUGUUAUCUUGUACCAUGUUGCCUCAUUAUUUCCCAAGCCACAGAGUUCCAAAUCCUUUCUUCAGAAGGAAUAAAACCAAAGAAAUGAGCCCCAUCAGAGUCAGUUAUUGCAGCACUUGUAAGCCACAUAUGGCAAUGUAAUACCCAAACGUGUUAAUUUUCUCUAGAUUAACAUUCAUUACAUAAAAUAUGUAAAGAAGAUUACUCAGCUGUGGAGAACAACAUUCAAAAGUUCAAACAAAAGGCAAAUAACUUAGCAGCUUAGACUUUAAUGAGCAUAUAGGGGAACAAAGGGGGGGAAGCACUGACACAGUUGUUAUACUCCACAGCAAAAUAUGCCAUAUAAACUUAUAAAUCUAAAACAUUAAUUCUUGCCCCAAAAUUAUAGGAUAUGCUCUUUGUUUCUAUGUACUGCAAUUUAGCAAUGCAUUCAAAAUACUUGCUUUUUCAAUAAAAUCAUAGGCUAUCUCCAGUUAAGGGUCAUGGAGUCCCACAGGACUGCCUACAACUAAACCAUACACCCAAGAGCACCAUCCAGAUGCUCCUUGAAUUCUGACAGGCUUGGUGAGAUGCCAUGGCCAGUUCCCUGGGGGGCCUGAAUAGACGAUAAAAUAACGAAGAAAGAACAGUAAACUGCAAGCAGGAAAUGACAAACCAGAUAAGAAUAUCUUAGAUAUUCUCAGGAAAACAGAUCUAAAAACUUAUCACUAUUUAAAAAAGCAUCUUGCAAAAUGAGAUGUGGUUCUGCCUCUCUGCCGGUCACGAAGGAAUGCCUAAGGCAAAAAACACUUCCUGUGCAUUGUAUAUUUUCCUGACAGAUCCAUCAACAGAACCCCCUUUCCCUCUGGAAAGAUCUGACUGUCUGGGACAAAAUUUAGACCUGCUGCUCCAAAUCAGUACCUUUGGCUCUAUGAAACCUCUGUGUGCCACCUCACUGUGGUGAAAUCUCCUCUCGGAAGUGUCAUAUAUGACAAGAGAAGUGGAAACAUCUGUGAAUUCAUAAUCCAAAGGAACCAGAGAGAACUGGAAAAGCAGGAUGAAGAGCCAUCCUGGUACUCUUGCAAAAAAUACAGCAGAACUGCUCCAUACUGUUUGUUACCCAAGGAUGAGGCAGAUGUGGGAGAAGGAAGAGUUCAGAAGGGAUCUCAGUCACCUGCUGUUCCCGGGGCUUACCUGAGGUCCCACCUAUGCUAACCAAGUGCCAGCCAGAGUCUCAGGACAGACUCACAGCAAUGACAGCUUAGGGACCUUGCACAAACAGCUGACUCACAGAUAUAUCCUGACCUUGCUGCAGUACUUGAAUCCCAGCUGUGGGACGUAUACUGAAUGGAUUAGAUUCUACAAUAAUUGAUGCUUCUCUGCCAGGCUAUUCAAUCAGCAAAGAGCCUCUCUCUAGUCUCUCUCAGUGUUUCCUCUCGAGAAAUAUACUCAGGAAAGAAUUUCUGAUUAGAAAUCCUAAGAAAAAUAAGAAAAGAAUGACGGCAGCAUAACACAGGUCAUGAGUAAAGGUCAUUUGUGUUAUUUUUAAGAAUGCAUUUAUGUCUGUAAGGGACUGGGAAUCAAUGUUGGCUCAGGUACAUGAAGAUCACAAAUAAAAACCACCCUGACUUUAGGUGAAUUCAAAGCUCCACACUAAUCUACACACAGCCUUGUGCAUCAUCUCCAAAGACAAUAAACACUUUGAACAUAUCAUAAAGGACUGGGGUGAAAACAAACCAGAGAAGUAACUCUUGCACUUUAACGGUUGUUCACUGUCUUUAUCAGCAUUUAAUCUCUUCAAGAUGUGAAGCUGGUUAGCUGAAAAAUUACUGCCUUCCCAUCUGAGAAUCCUCCAGCUCACCAUCACAAUGCUUUCAAGUGGUCACUCAGUCUCAUCCCCCUGAAAGCUUUCCACAUGGCUUUUAAAAUGGACAGUAAAUGGGAAAAAGGACCAGUGUGUUACAGUUAUUGCUUUACACAGACAGGAAGUGUAUUUAGUGUUGCUAUUUGCACCUACCAUUUCCUUGUGAUUUGGGUAGAACGUUUGCUCGAUUAAAGGGAACUUCUCGGGACCCAAAGUUUUGUAGACAGACACCAGCUGGGCAAACUGCAAAAUAAAGCAAAACAAAACAGAAAGCUUAGGAGAGAAACCACAUUAUACCCAAAUGAUCUCAUACUGUCGUUUUGCUUCUUGUCUUUGGUGUUUCAUAAACUCAGCAAAUCCACACGCCCAGUACACGUGGCCUUUCUACUCCUCUUUCCCCCACACACCUUUUUAAUCCAUCCAAACUGGGAUUUCAUGUAGAGAUCAACACCGAACAACAUCUCUAAGAGUUAAGUCCUCACAGGUACAGAAAAUGAAAUAUACUGGAACACUGGGUUUCAGAUAUCUCAUUGUCUAUAUAUUUUAAACUGAUUUUAAUACUGAUAAUAAAAUCAUUAUAACUU